UAUAAGCCUUCUGUCCGCUGCUGUUUGUCUAAGUUGGACUACUCUGUAUCUCAGCAUGGAGCAAACCUACGUCAGGCAUGUGGAGCUUCUGGGCUUCGAGAAACGCUUCUUCCCGAGUCAGCACUACGUGUACAUGCUGAUGGUGAAAUGGAGCGACCUCACUGAGAAGCUGAUCUACAGGACUUAUCCUGAAAUGCACAGCUUCCACAAAUCACUGAAGGAAAUGUUUCCCAUCGAGUCUGGAAAAAUAGAAAAGAGAGACAGAAUCAUUCCUUCUUUACCAGCUCCGCGUUGGGUGGACAGCCAGAAGUCGACAGAGAACAGGCAGAGCACGCUGACUGAAUACUGCCACAAGCUCAUCAGCCUGCCGCCUCACAUCUCCCGCUGCAAACUCCUCACAAGCUUCUUCCAGGUUCGACCCGAGGACGAAAACCCACCGGCCCCAAACACACUGAAAAGAAACGAGACCUUUGUGGUGUCCAGAGAGCUGGCCAGAGGAAAUGCAUCUGUGAUUUCUGGUCCCAUCAUACUGGACACAUACAGAGUGAUCGCUGACUACUCCAAGACGAGCAAGCAUGAGAUCACUCUGCGUACCGACGACCUCGUGGAAAUCGUGGAGAAAAACCAGAAUGGUUGGUGGUUUUGUCAGUGUGAGAAUAAACGCGGCUGGAUUCCUGCGUCUUACCUCGAACCUCUGGACGGACCGGAGGAGUCCGAGGACGCUGAUCCAAACUACGAAGGAGAGCUUUACACCACCUGCACGGCCUACAAGGCGGAGCAGGACGAUGAGAUUUCUCUGGAGCCGGGUCAAACCAUCGAGGUGAUUCACAAGCUGCUGGACGGCUGGUGGGUCGUCAGGAAAGGAGAUGAAACCGGUCAUUUUCCCUCCAUGUUCCUGCAAAAAGCCGGAAAGGAAUGUGAAGCAUCGAAACUGCAGGGACAGAAACCUCCACCGCGCAGGUCCACCAUCCGAAACGCCAAGAGCAUCCACAAGAGAGGCAAGCAGCAGCUCAGCCAGGACUCGUACCGCAGGAACAGCCGCCGCUACCUGCAGCAGAAGAAGCUGAGAAAAGAAUCCGAAAGCGCCCCCAAGUCUCCUCUGAAGGAGCGGACCAACCAAGAAAACAUUCCCGAGCAGUCCGGCUCCAGCUCAGAGAGCGAGCCGAAGAAGGAGACUCCGGUCAUCCCUCCUCGGCCGAGUGCGGAGCUCAUCCUGGAGCGCUGCACCGACAACACCUGCAAGAGAGUCAGCAUCCACAAGUCAGAGACCAGCGCCAGCAGCUAGCGUGGACGCCCAUCA